AGAGAGUAGUUGACUGGUCAAACAAUGAAGCAAUCAGCCGCGGUUAUCGGCCGGGGUCGCGCGAUAGCCGCGGCUGCCCUCACUCGCCGCCAUGCCGCCCCUGCAGCUUCUCUUGUUUGUGCUCUGCUUCAAACAGGCUCUAUUCACUGACCCGGAAUGCGUGAUCGAGCUGCAGUGCGCGGAGUGCGUGCCGGAGCACAUGCCGCAGGUGACGUCGCCCCGCGCGGCGGCCGGCGCCGUGCGCGUGCCGCCCGGCGCCGAGCUGGCGCUGUCCUGCGCGCCCGGCGCCUUCCUCGCCUACCCGCUGCGGCGCCAGCUCGCCGCGCGCUGCGAGGCGGGCCGCUACCGCGUGCUGCACGACGCCGCGCUGCGACACAUCCUCGACCUCGGCUGCCAGGAGAGCAUCUUUGAGGACGUGCUGCAUCAGGUUGACCACUGCGGAAACCUGCAGGGGCGAGCGUACCUGAUGCGGCAGGCGAGCCCCGCGGCGGCGCAGCACCUGGCCGAGCUGUGCUUCGACGCGGACCGCGGCGUGGCGACGCGCCUGCACAUGAGCACCGCGGCGCUGGCCACGCGGCCGCACAGCGACUCGGCCGCGCCGCUCAGCCUGCUCGGCAACUUCAACCACAUGUUCGACGCCAGCACGCGCCACGCCGCCGAGCGCCUGUACUCGGACGACGAGCGCCUCACGCGGCGCCUGCACGAGCUGCUCAAACACGACCACUUCUCCUUCGCCGAGCAGCGCCUCACCUCCGCGCAGCUGCUGAGCGGCCGCUACUUCGAGGAGCCGUACGCGCGCGCCGCGGACUUCGUGUCCAACCGCGUGGCCGUGUGGCGCAGCGUGGCGGCCGGCAACCUGCGCCACCUGCAGCGCGACGUGGCGCGGCUGCUGCGGCGCGGCGCGGCGCGGGCGCUGCACGUGCACGCGGGCACGCGCGGCGUGCUGGCGCUGCGCGCGGGCGCGGGCCGGGCGCCGCUGCUGCUGCGCGCCGGCCGCUUCCCCGUGCCGCGCUACGUGUGGACCGUGGUGCACGACGCGCGAGCCCGCAGGGCGGUGGCGCUGGUGCUGCUCAACGACCCGUUCGUGGCCGUGAGCGAGAUCCGCGACGCGGUGUUCUGCGAGAGCGCAUGCGGCCGGCUGGCGUGGCUGCAGGAGCUGCUCCGGAACCGCAACUACGAGGCGCCGCUGUACGGGCUCGUGUUCUGCUGCAGCCUGCAAGAGUUCAGCGCCGCCGUCAGCGAGCUGCCCGCAGACCUCGUGCGCGUGCCGCCCGGGGAUGACGGCUUGCUCACUGACUUGUUGGAUUAGUUUAUUGUUGCAAAAAUGCACUUAUCACUAGACAGCUAAAGUCAAUAAUACUAUAGCUACACAAUAUUUCCUGACAUAGAUUGUAAGAAAAACCAGAACAGUCGUUUAUUAAAUACUUUAUUUAAAAAAUUA